AUGUCAACAAAUUCUUAUUCUCUUAAGGGUGAUUAUAUUCAACGAGAAUUAAUUCAAUGUAUUGAAUAUUUACCCUAUAUAUUUUCGAAAUCAGCUAAUGGAGAUCAAUGCUCAAUACUAUUAUUAAAACCAGCUGUCAAAUUUGAUACAGAAUUAAUUGAAAAUUUCCAUCCACCUUCGAAAUCUGAUAAUGAACAAUUUUUACCAAUUAUAAAAUAG